AUGCCCAAGUCAGACGAUCAUCUGCAGGUGCCGUCCAGCAUGACGAGCCUGGCGAUGGAACGCAACGGAUCGUCUUCUAGUUUGCACUCCCACUCAAGCAGUACCGCCACGGGGGCAAGUAGCAAUGUGUUGUCCAAGCUGUUCCGCAAGGGAUCAGACCGGUCAAUCCGGUCGAACAGGAGUGUUUUGAGCAGUUCCAGCAGACCUCCGUCCACUUUCACCACGGAUACUCCCACGCUGACUCCUAAGGCCAGCAAUAGCAGCGCUGCGUCCACGGCAGCGAGCUCUGACUCGUCCUCGUUACGUCAUCUGAAGUUACGGCGGUUCUUGAAGCCUCCGUUCAAGCAGCACAAGGUGAAGGAACAACAGGAACAUCUCCACCAUGUCAUCCACAACAAAUUAAGCAAGCUAAAAAUUGGCGGACACCAUCCCGGUCUUGCUCGGCAGAAACUCGAACUCCACCAGAACGCGCAGGAGGGGCACGAGCAAACACCUUCGUCCAACGACGGGCCUACCGUGAGGAAAUUGGUGGCUGCAUAUGGCGAGAUUCCUGAUAUUGCCGUGGAAAAGAACGUUCUAGGAGAAGGUGCAGGCGGCUCUGUUUUGAUUGUCAGACGGCCUUCAGAUGGAAUGGUUUUUGCUAUCAAGAAGUUCCGUCCCCAAAACAGCAGAGAAACAGAUUACGACUACCGGAAAAAGGUGUACACGGAGUAUCAGCUGUCGGCAGAUCUGCGCCAGGAAAACGUGAUCAGGGUGUACGAUCUGCUCAACGAGCAAAAUCUGUAUGUGAUGGUGAUGGAAUACUGCAAAUACGACUUCUUCACCAUUGUCAUGGGAGGAGUGAUGUCUAAAGACGAGAUCUAUUGCUAUUUCAGACAAAUGGUCCAAGGUGUUCUUUAUCUACACGGGCAAGGAAUUGCUCAUCGCGACCUGAAACUGGACAACUGCGUGGUGAACGAGCAGGGGAUCUUGAAACUGAUCGACUUUGGAUCCGCAGCAAGGUUUAGAGAUCCUGCGUUGGACGAUCCACGGUCGAUAAUCAAAGUCAGGGGAAUUGUUGGCUCCGAUCCGUACCUGGCACCAGAAUGCUUGUCAUUGAGCUCGUACGACCCGCGUCCAGCAGACGUUUGGUCUCUGGCAAUCAUAUUCUGCUGCAUGGUGCUCAGACGGUUCCCAUGGAAAAUCCCCAAAACAACCGACAACUCCUUCAAGGCGUUUGUGGGUGAACCUGCUACCGAAGAGAACCCGAAACCAACCCCAGGUUCUACCAAGCUGCUCAAGAUGCUUCCAUCAAAGUCGAGCCAUUUGAUUGGUCAGAUGCUCGCGGUGGAUCCGAGAGACCGCAUUGGUCUUCCUGAAGCAGUGCAGAGUCCAUUUCUGGCAGAGGUUGACUGGUGCCACGACAACAUCAAGGGUAAACACUCGCAUUACCUAGUGACUGAGGAAGACCUUCAGAGAGCCGACGCGGAGCUGAAGAAACAGGCCGAACCUCCAGCCAAGGCCCCAGUGAACAAGGCUGUGUAA